AUGCAGAAAAGAGGUGGAGGACGCCAGUCCAUGUCCGAGCUUAAGCUCCGGCGGCUGCUCGAACACAAUCAGCGCCUGCGGGAAGACCUUGCCCGCCCACGUAUCAAGGUCAGCGAAGCGAGCGCAAGCCUCAUCCGUUACUGCCGCACCACGAAAGACUUCCUGGUCCCCUCGGUCUGGGGCCCCGUCAACCGCGGAGAACAUCCAUACGAACAGCCCAGCAAAGGUUGCUGCACCAUCCAGUGA